AUUUUUGUGCAAUCGGGUAACACAUCUGUCACUUUAGCCAUAGAAAAUGUCUAAGCUCUGCAGCGCGGCGAUAAAUUCAUUGAGAACACUAUGGACUCCAACAGUGAUACCGGUUCGAUUUCGAUAUCACGCUGACAAGAUAGAGAAAGGUCCCCUCGUUCGCCGCUAUGGAUAUAAAGACCGUGUAGAGCACCGUGGGCUCCUACCUCAUUUGGAUAAUGGACACAAGCUUCCCAUGCCGGAAUAUCGUCCGAAGAACCCGUGGACGGAGAAACGGGCACUUUUUGGGCAAAAUGAUUAUAUUGAUAUACUAGGUAGUGAUCGACUGCACCCGACAAGGGUCCUAUAUUCAGUACCUGCAUGGAUCCGAGGAGUUUCCGGGAACGAGUAUCAGAAUUUGCUUCGAAAGAGGAAGAUAAUGUCCAGAACAAUGUACCCUGUCGCGCGACCAACCAAGUGGAGGGAAAUGCAGAAACGUAUUUUGUAUUUAUAUAGGAAGUUGAAUAGGAAAACGAAAACAGGAUUCAGUACUCAGUAGAUGAAGGGAAAUAUGUUCAUUGUUGUAGAUGUUAUGCUAAAUAUAUGAAACUAAGAACUA